UCACUAAGAGUUGUCCCAUAAUUAAAGAACGGGUUUUCUAAUAGUUUAAUUGAAUUAUUCGCGUCCACUAAUUGUUACUGAGUUUGCUGCAGUAAUUAUUAGAUGAUUAACGUUGCCGUUUGUUACUUUGGAAUGGAUCUUCGUCGGGUCAUACCUGUCAAAAAGUGUGUUCCAAGUAUGACAAUAAGUGGUUAGGUCACGGUUCUCUCUAGUAUCAAUAAUAAUAAUAUUUAUGACUGCAGCCUUCUAUUCAUUCAUUCAAUUUCUGAUUUCAAAAUGUAUCCGGCCAGCAGAGGGAGAGGUCGAGGCCGUGGCAGGAACCUCAACAAUAAGACGACAACAGUGCAAACCAAUCAAAAUCAGAUAGAGGAUGAGGUGAAGCUCCCGGUUUUACCCGAAAGUCAAUUAAUAGCAAUCAACUUGAGCCUGGAGCCGGAAGAGAAGAUUUGGUUCGAGGAGGUUCAGACCACAUGGAAAAUCUAUAAGAAAAAUUACAAAUUGACGAUGAUGCUGCACGGGCAGUUCAGGGCGAGCGCGAAUCCGUACGGAGAGGCGCUCCGAUUGAUGUACAACGCAAGCGAUUUCAAGUCUUCCAAGCCAAAGUCGUUCGCCGUUCUGGUGAUGGAGGAGUUCAAGGCGUACUGCGCGACGCCGUUCGGCCAAGAGCUCGACCACCUCUACCUUCUCACGAAUCAGAUGAAGUUGACCGCCUUCAACGUCGUCCGACAGCAGAACCUGUUCAUGCUGAUGAAGCUCGUCGCCGACAUCUACAAGUUGCCUACAGACUGUGAUAUAUUUUUAAACGUCGUUCAGUACAUGAUCCAGAUGAAACAGUACAAAGAGGCGUGCCAGUGCGUGUCCAUCAUCGGCAACCACAAGCACUUCCAGAUCGAGGAGUUCGCCAUUCCGCUUGUCCUUCAAGACAAGACGUUCAUCGUCGAAGAAUUCCUGAAGAACAGCCAGAUGCAUCAGGUCGAGCUCGUGAUGUACCUGGACGACCUGCUCGGAAAGCCCGGCGGUCUCAGACACAACCUCGAACAGCUCAUCAUAAAGUACAACAUACGCGAAGUUAAAUGGGACAAGCUGCAUAACAAAUCGUUCAAGAAGCUGAUCGUCCGGUUAAAGAAAAUGUACAACAUUCCCAACGAGAUGACUCCGUUCCUCGUUCACAAGCAGAACGAGGGUGCGUUGCAGUUUUUGGUGCACAGGAGAUACGUUGAGAAUACGAUAGGUGAGGAAAGCUUUAAAGAGAUGGUCCACGAGGCGAUCAAGAAUGACACGAAACUCCAAAUGGAAUUGGUGUUGAUGUUGGCGCAUCGUAAAGAUCUGGAGUUGUCUCUGUAUUUCGCCCAUCUGUACAAAGUGCCUCAGUUCCAUUGGCCGCACAGUUUACGUACGAUGGCCAACAAUCCCAACAGGAGGACGAGGUUCGAGCAGUGCUCCUUCGUGGAGGAUUGCGACGAGGAGACGCUCAGCGACGACAUCAUCUACCACAAACUGAGUCUGCCCAUGGAGAACGUCUAUUUGGUGGACACCGAAGAGGCCUUGAAUCGUCUCAGAGAAGUCGAACUGAACGUGGAUGUGGUGGGUAUCGACUGCGAAUGGAAACCGAGUUUCGGGUCUCAGAAGAACGAGUUAGCUUUGAUUCAGGUGGCGACGAGGAGGGCGGUGUUCGUGAUCGACGUGAUCAAGCUGAUCAACACGCAAGCGCUGUACGACUUCGGACGGGUGUGCUUUGAUAACUGUGAUAUAUUAAAAUUAGGAUUCGGAUUGGCGGGUGAUAUUGCAAUGAUAAAGCAGACGAUUCCGUAUCUACAUUUUUACGCGAAGGACGGUUUCCUGGACCUGGGUUUCGUCGUCAAGGAGUUCGAGAAGUGCAGGAAGAUCAAGCUGCCCUUCGAGUCGGAGAACGGUUCGGGGUUGAGUUCGCUCGUCCAAGCGACGCUCGGGCUGCCGCUCAACAAGGCGGAUCAAUUUUCUAAUUGGGAGAAGAGACCGCUACGGCAGAGUCAGAUCGUUUACGCGGCUCUGGACGCGUACUGCCUCAUCGAGGUGUACGACGUUCUUCGGGAGUGUGCUCUCAAAGUCAACUAUCCAUUCGAGAACGUCUGCAUGCAGGUGAUGAACACAUCGAAUCGGCAAAAGCCGAAGAAGAGUUUACAUAAGAAGAAACCCGUUGCUCCGGCGUUCAUACCUCAGCCACCGUCGCCCAAUUCGGAUCCGGUGUACGCGCACCAGGUGAAGGUCAUCUGUGAUACUAUGCUGCAGGGUCUCGGAAAGAACCUCCGCAAAUUGGGCAUUGAUACGCUCAUACUCAGCUCCAAUGCUGAUCACAUGGAAUGCGUUCGGUACUACAUGGACGAUGCCAGGUACAUCCUGACCAAGGGCCACACCUUCAAUACUCUCAACGGAGCGGUGAAACCAGGAUACUGCCUUAGGAUAGUUAGUGACCUAAUCGAGGAUCAACUCCAGCAGGUCGUGGAGUACUACAAUAUCGUGGUGUCGCGUAACGAUGUGUUCAGUAGAUGCAAGAUUUGCAAUGGAAAUAAUUUCGUCAAAGUUUCCCCGUCGACGAUGAACGCCCUUGCGGAGACUUCCGUCGACCUGGAGCGCCACUUUAAUUCUCGGACAUCGUUGGCGGACGAAGCCGCCGGAUACUCCCAGCAGAUGUUAGACAGCAGGAUAAACCAAAGGAAAUGGGAUUUAUAUUCCGAUGAACAUGUGGACGUGGGUCUGUGUCAGACGAGACUGGGAGCUAGGAUUCACGUGGAGACGGUACCCGCUGACCUCCUCACCAAAGUGGACAUGUUCUACGUUUGCGAGACGUGCGGAAAAGUGUACUGGGACGGCACUCAUUUUGAGCGAAUCCUCGCCGGAAAACUUCAAGGCAUCGUCAUGUAAACUAAUGACGAUAACAACAACAACAACAACAAAAAACGGCAGAACACACUUUUUUUUUAUAUAUACAAACAUAUAUUAUUACUGUUGACAUAUUAUUAUUAAUUAAUUAAUUGAUUUAUUAAUAUUCAAUCUUCACGUACUAUUAUUCAAAGCAACGGAUUUAUUUUUUUCCCCCCGAUUAACACGAGAUGCAAGUACAACGUUUUCUUUUAAUUUUAAUUGCAGCGACUCUUUUUAACAACAACAACAACAAAAUAAUAAGCAAACUUAUAUAAUAUAUAUACAUUAUAUUUAUUUUUUUUUUAAUUUUCUUAAAAUAUGCAAAGAGAGUUCACAGAUAUGCGCAUAUAU